CUGCCUGUGUGUUGACAGACAGCUUGGUUGUCUGUCCUCCACACCCUCUUAUUUCCCUUUGCUUCUCAGAUUGUCAGUCACUGCACCAGGGAACAUUCAGAACAAGAAAACUGCUUACGCUAUCAGAUAUUUGGACGCUGCUGGUAACAGAGAGGUUAAGGAAGGAUGGAUCGCUCCUGUGUAAACUGCUUGAAAACUCUGAUGAUAUUUCUCAACUUUCUGUGUUGGCUAUGUGGUGCAUUUGUGGUUGCCUUUGGCAUCUUCCAGGGUAUGCAUUCCAAGUUCGCCUCUCUUGUCACAACCUUCUGGCCCAUCUACCCGGCUAACACCCUGGUGGUGACUGGCACCAUUGUUACCUGUGUGUGUUAUCUGGGUGUGCUUGGUGCCAUGAAGGAGAACCGCUGCCUCCUUAUCAGCUUCUUUCUGCUGCUCUUCAUCCUGAUGCUGGUGGAGCUGGCCAUGGCCUGCGUGUUCCUGGUCUACAACAGAGUGAUUGACACAUACUUUGAGAAAGACCUAAUGAAAAGUUUGCAGAUCUACAGCGAGUCAGGCCCAGAGGAAAACAACAUCAUUAAAGAUGAUUUUGAUGCUGUUCAGCACCUGUUUAGGUGUUGUGGAGUUCAUGGGGAGGCAGACUGGAUGGGUAACGCCCCCAUCUCCUGUUGUAACCAGGAUCCCUGCAACUCCUCCAUCCACGGCAACUGGCAAGAGGGUUGUCUCAAUAAACUGAGGAACUGGUUUGCAGGAAACUAUCGUAGCACCGGGGCAGGUGUUGUCGCAAUGUUUAUCAUACAGUUCACUUGUCUCUGUUUCACCGUCCCUCUGUUUUGCCACUUCAGUCGAAAUGGACUGGGUUAUUUGUGAAAAGGACUCAAUGUAAAGGUCGCAGUGACCUCCUCGAUUUCAUCUGAUUGCCAGUAUUUAGUUCCUAGAUAACUUAAGAGGUUGAUGUUAGACUAGAUGUUAACAUGUCUGCUGUACAAACAAGUGAUUCGUGUUUAAAUCUCUGUUGGAAAAUGUCUGUGUGAAAUUUGCAUGUUGCACUGGUUUUCUCUGAGCACUUCAGCCUCCUCUCACAUCCCAGGUUAGGCUCAUUGGACACUCAAAAUUGUUUCUUAUUAUGACCAUUAUGAAAGGCAGCGAUUAUCAUUAACAACUGGAGAGGAGCGAUGGCAUUACAGUCAUCCUACGACUUGGCAACAUUGUGUGUGUGCAUGACAAACUUUGCUGAACCCUGGCCCACCUCCAGCAAUCAUGCCAAAUGUACCGAAUUUGAGCCUGGGUGCACUCUAAGUCUUGCAUAAGAUAAAUGUUAUUCCAACUUACAACUUCUCCUCUUGAGUUUGUAUUUUUCCUGUUCUUUGUACAAAAAGGUUGUAUACAUUGUUUAAUGUUUGCUCUGUUUUUGGAAUCAUUUUUGUGAUGGUUCUUCCUUCGGAAUUAGUGUCUUUGUAAAGUAUUCCCUCGUUUACCACGGUUAAUGGGUUCCAGACCCGACCACGAAUUUCCACAAAGUAGGAUUCAAUAUUAAUAAGUUGAAUAAUUUCAUCCCUAGUGAGGGCAAGUGGCAUAGAAAAUGAAUGAGUGAAUAAUUUCAUAGUUAGAGCAUAGAAAACCGGUUUAUGACUUUCUAAAUGCGGUUUUUAACAUUAUCAGGGCCCUGUAGACAUGAAAGAACACCCCAAUAGUCACUUUUACACUCCUAUGAUUUUUUAUUUACAUCGCAUUGCGCAGGCUACGGGAUCACCCUAGGGACAACACAGACAGCCAAGCCUAGCAUAGCAAGCUUCCGAGCUAGUUAGCCUCUCCAAUUUACUUAUUCUAAACUUCAGAAAGUUUUAAAAAAUCAUCUUCAUAUGUGGAGACCUUGAUCUUCUGAAUCCACACAAGAACAAGAUAAUUGAUGACUUCAUAGAUACAAUGUACAGCUUAAGUU